AUGUAGAAAUUUCCUUAAAAAUAUUCUACAUAAUUAAGAUUAGACAAUAAAGGCUCUGUAUAAACAUAUCUUCCAGUUGAUAAUAGCUAUAUGUUUAUAUAUGAUGAAUACACUAAAAGAAAUUAUUAAGGAUUUGAUGAUAAUAUCCUACUUAUAGGCUCUAAAACUGAGCUUAUUCCUGUUUAUGAGUUAAAAGUAAAUGAGCAUUGUACCAGAUUAUCAAUGCAGCCUUUAUAAAUGCAAUUCCCUGUUUUAAAAUCCAAUUCAAAAUUUAUUUCGCAUUAUUGA